AUAGUUUUGUGGCCUUUACAAAAUACAAAUACUUGGAAAAUCGGCUUCCAUCAGGGAACUAACUAUAGAGCUGUCUGGGCCACAACUGAGGAUAAUUUCCUCUUUCUUCUCUCUCUCUCUCUGUAGCUGUACUACUGACUCAAACCAGGAUGCCCUUCUACUUUCCUUCUUUAGCCUUCUUGUCUUGUAAGGGAAAACCAACCCAACUCAUCUAUCACUGAACAGAAUCUUUGUUGCUCCUUAGGUUAUGUACUUGCUGCUGCUGCUGCUGCUACAGCUACCUCCUGUUCUUCUUUCUGAUUUAGAUUUUUUUUUUCUACACAGACACUUGUAAUAGAAGUAAGUUACUUGUACUACUUCUCUUUCUCUUUCACUUUCGUUCACUACUGUUUCUUUCAUGUGUUUGUCUGUCUAUCUGUCUCCUUCUUCUUUUAUCUGCAACUGUUUGCUUGAAUUCAGUGUUUACUGUUGGCCUAGAAGCUAUAUUAGAAAUGGGUUCUCUCUCUCUCUCUCUCUCUCUUGAUAACUGACUGACAUCAUGGCUUACGUACUGGUUGCUUCGGGGUUUUUAUUUUUUUUUUCUGAAGAAUUAAAGUUGUUGCUUGUAAUAGUAUGUAGCUGAGGGCUUGAUAAAUAGUUGCUAUAGAGUCAACCACAAGUUGUUCUUUAAGAUAAUAAUCAAGGUGGUCAAUUGAUCAUAUUUUGUACUUGCUAAUAGUAUAAUUAACUUGUUGUGUUGGUUGUGAAUGAUGGUGUAGUAGGUAUUUCUUCCUCUGAAAUGCAUUUGUGAGUUGCAGCAGUUCACAAAAACAAUUUUUUGUUGACUAUGUUUCUGCAAGAUGGGCAUAUUGGGUUUUCGGAAACAAGCGAUCGCAAUCCUUCCUGGAAGUUCCUCUUUUUGUUUUUCAUCUUUACUGUUCUUUUGUGUUUCGGAUCGUGAUAAAAGUUUGCAAAUUCAGAUUUACUAGGAGUUGUUGGAUACAAAUUUUCAAUGCAAGUACUCGACAUGGAUGAUGGAAAUGGUGCUUUUGCUCCUGAUUCUUCAUUUGGGAACUUCUCGGAUGCUGCCAUGGACUUGGAUUUCGUGGAUGAACUCUUGUAUGAUGGAUGCUGUUUUGAGACUGUCGAUGAGUUCGGUUUUUUGGAGGCUGGUACCUCAGCCUCUAAUGAUCUAAAUGACCCUAAGCAAUAUCUUCCGUUUUUUGAGUCCAACAGCUGUAAUUUGAAUGUAAAUCCUUGUCAAGAGAACUAUCAAGUAGCAACAGAAAAGAACUGUGACGAGAACCCGCCUAUAGGAAAUCCCAAAAUAGAGGAACUUGGUGUGAUCGGAUACCAAAACCAGAAUAUUCACCCGUUUACCGCAUCUUCAGUCCAAUCUGGAGGUUUUCUAGUUGAGAAAAAUGAAUUGGGUAGAAGAUUGUGGAUUGCACCAACUAACAAUGCGAGAUCAUCUACUGGGGUAAGAGAAAGAUUGAUGCAUGCUAUAGGACAGUUGAAACAAUGCACCAAGGAUAGGGAUCUCCUUAUUCAGAUAUGGGUGCCUAUAAAGAAAGAAGGCAAGCAUGUCCUCACCACUUUUGGCCAGCCAUACUUGCUUAAUCCUAAAAGCCAGAGUCUUGCAAGUUACAGAAAUGUUUCAAAAAAAUUUCAGUUCCCAGCAGAGGAGGAUUCAAAAGAGUUGGUUGGUUUGCCCGGUCGAGUUUUCUUGAGGAAGUUGCCUGAGUGGACACCAGAUGUUAGUUACUUCAGCUGGGUUGAGUAUCCACGUAAAAAUCAUGCGAAGCAAUUCAAUAUAAGAGGAUCCUUUGCAGUUCCUGUUUUUGAACAGGGCAGCAGAACUUGUUUGGGUGUUAUUGAGGUCGUGACAACCACUCAAGACGUCAGUUAUCGUUCAGAGCUAGAAAGUGUCUGCAAAGCUCUUGAGGCUGUUGAUCUUAGGAGUCCAAAAGACUUCCGCCCUUCAAGCCUGAAGGCUUGCAAAGAGUUUUGCCAAGCUGCAGUUCCUGAGAUAUCAAAGAUUUUGGAGUCUGUUUGCAAGACACAUAGAUUACCUUUAGCACUAACGUGGGCCCCAUGUUUCCGGCAAGGUAAAGGUGGAUGCCGGCAUUUUGAUGAGAACUAUUCUAAUUGUAUUUGUACGGUGAACUCUGCUUGCUUUGUAGCCGAGACAGACAACUUUGGGUUCUAUGUGGCAUGUUCUGAGCAAUACCUUUCAUUUGGUCAGGGGAUUGUUGGGAGAGCUUUCACAACAAGAAAACAGUGUUUUUCAACUGAUGUAGCAGCGUUUAGCAAGACAGAUUAUCCUCUCUCUCACCAUGCUAAGAUGUUUGAGUUGCAUGCUGCUAUAGCGAUUCCAGUACAAAGCACCUAUGCUGGACCGGUUGAUUUUGUCCUGGAGUUUUUCUUUCCAAAGGAUUGCUGUAACACUGAAGAACAAAAACGAAUGUGGGACAUAUUGCCUAUCACCAUAAAACAGGCUUGUUGGAGUUUGCAUGUUGUCAUGGACAAGGAGCUUGAGGAAACUGUCAACAAGAAAAUGGUAGUUGCUUCAGAUGAGAGACUUAAUAAAGAUGAAACUCAGAAAUUUGCAUCUUUGUUCAAAGAAUCUUCUGAAGCAGAAUCAUCCUGGAUUGCCCGUGUUGCGGAGGCUCAGCAGAAAGGUAAAGGUGUCUGUGUCUCAUGGGACCAUCGAAAGGAGGAAAAUAAAGAAGAGUUCAAGGUGACAUCUCACUGGGGUAAGACUCAGGAUGAAUUGUACCACAAGCAGGCAUUUCCAGAGUUUGGGAAAUUUCAACAAAAUUCUGUACCCAAAGGUAGUAUUGAAUCUACUACAGAUGCUGCUUCUGCUGAACACCACUCAGUAGGCAGCAGAAAAUCGGGCGACAAGAGACGAACCAAGACAGAGAAGACAAUAAGCUUGCAAGUUCUUCGACAGUACUUUGCAGGAAGCCUUAAAGAUGCUGCGAAGAGUAUUGGGGUGUGUCCCACCACUCUGAAAAGAAUAUGCAGGAAGCAUGGCAUCACUCGUUGGCCCUCUCGAAAGAUUAAGAAGGUUGGCCACUCAUUGAAGAAACUUCAACUUGUGAUUGACUCAGUACAAGGUGCAGAGGGUGCCAUACAAAUUGGUUCCUUCUACACCACUUUCCCAGAAUUGACCUCUCCAAAUUUUUCUGCUAAUGGUGGUUUUCCAUCAAGCAAGGCAAAUGAUGAUUCCAAUAAAUCAAACCAUCGCCCUGAGAAUGGCAUAUUUAGUGCUGCAGCUAGUGCUUCAAAAUCCCCAUCCUCGUCAUCUAGUCAGAGCUCUGGAUCAAGCAUCUGUUGUUCCACUGGAGUAAAGCAGCACACGACCACCAAUAAUGGCUCAGUUAGUGGGUAUCCAUUAUUGGUAGAGGACCCGGGUGGUGUGCUUAAGAGAACACACAGUGAUGCCGCAUUGCAUGCCUUGAAUCGUGACAAAUCAGAGCCUCUUAUAAGAUCUCAAAGCUUCAAAACAUUUGGCGACCUUCCAAAUCCAGAGACUCUGCCACCCCUCCCAAAAAGUAGCAGCCAGAUUAUACGUGAUAGGAGUGGCUUUAGAGUGAAGGCCACUUUUGGAGCAGACAAAAUCCGGUUCACCUUGCAACCGAACUGGGGUUUCAGGGACUUGCAACAAGAGAUUGCAAGGCGUUUCAAUAUAGACGACAUUUGUAGAAUUGAUCUCAAGUAUUUGGAUGACGAUCAAGAGUGGGUUCUCUUGACAUGUGAUGCUGACCUUGAGGAGUGUAAAGAUGUCUACAAAUUGUCUGAGAGCCACACAAUCAAAAUGUCCCUUAAUCAACCUUCUCAACCACAUCUGGGAAGUUCGUUGGGUUCUGUAGGGCCAAAUCUGGUAAGCUUAUUGGGAGGUGGAGGGCCAUUCUAAUGCCAUAGUCAGUUACUAAGAGGUCAUAGCAUCUGGGAUUAAGAGUGUAAAUUUUCUUCAUUGGUGACUUUUGCUUUGAAUAUGCAUCCAGUAGCUUAUGAAAUGGCCUAGGAUUCUGUAAGGGAUCUUUUCCAGUUUCAUGUCGGCAUAGCAGCCAUUGAAUCUUAAUUUGCAGUUCGGUGGCAAUUUAGAAGAAAUAAAUAAUUGGUUCAAGCCAGCAUGUUGACUGCACAUAAAUCAUGUAAAUUUACAUCAGUAGGAUUGGAUUUGAAAUGAUUUUUUUGUCCCAAAAGGUUAAAAACUA